GGAGCUUCUUCACGCGCAUCGGCGUUGUCCCCCUGGUGCCAGUAGGUCGCGCUCGCAGGAGUGGUGGUGCACGGUGUUAACAUCCAAUGAACGUGCGCGCCAUCUGAGUGGACAGAUCUGGCUUUCCUCUCCAUGCUGGUAUAAAAAGCAUCCUUAGGGCACCUCCCAGUCACAUCGCUCGCGGAGAGGAGUUAUCGAUGUGCAGUGAUGCGAUGCUGUUUGCCUGUUGAGGUAUAUGAACGCAUUGUCGACUACAACUGGUCCGACCCGCCAACACUCUUGGCUUGGGCUCUUGUCUGCCGUGAUUUGUCUCACCGGAGUCGGUACCAUCUCCAGCGGGAGACAACGAUGACCAUUCGAAGCGCAACAGAACUCCGGUGUAUUGGGGACUCUUGUUAUCGAAACGUUCCAGGCGCCUCUACGCGAAGGUCGAGCUCCUGCGCGUCGUGGACGACCCAUCGAAGCCCUUCGUCCAUACGCUGCCGCUACAUCUCCCAGGCGAGCACCUCCCGCAGCUGACGACGGUCCUCCUCGAGGGUGUCAACUGGACGACCGCCACUCCACACCUCCAGUUCUUUGAGUGGUUAUCUUGCUUCUC